GCGUCGUACACACUUGCCCUCAAAUAUACGCCCGCACACUAACGCAUACAUGAAUACACGCACGCGCGUGCGCAAUCAAUUGUGAAUAGAUUCGGACCAUUUCGUAUACGUUUCCUCGAAAAUCGUCUCUCCGACCUCCUUCACCCAAGCCCGUAAUCCAUCGACGCCUUCAUCGCCAUCAUCUUUACUAUAAUACAUCGACGUCGCGUUUUUUUUUUUUUUUCGAAAUUUGCUAUCACAUCAUCGUUUUUUAACGCGUCCCCGCGUAUUCCGCUAACGCCAUCCCGUUACAUCAACCGCUUGCCGAUUGAUCGCCACAGCCGUCUUUCAAAUAGUCAACGCUGUCACCGUUUUUCAACUACACCUAACGUCGCAGCAUUUGCUGUCUCCGACGUUCAUUUUCCGCGUCCUGUGACUAUAGUGUGUAUGACUACUUUGUAGUGGUAAGCACGCGACAAUAUUUGUAACAACAAUAGUUGAACACAUUACAGUGUAGACGAGAAAUGCGAGAUUUUGAUCACAAACGGGGCAGACAAUUGGUUGACUGUACCACUGAAGAGGACACUGUUGCCGAAGAAACGACCGCAAAAGAAAUAAUGCCUUCUGACACUGAAAGUAACACAAGUUUCAACACUAGCAGUGUACGAACUUUUAAGAUUUUUAUUGGAAAUCUUUCUGAAAAGACCACAUCUAAUGAUAUCAGGCCAUUAUUUGAGAAGUAUGGCAAAGUUGUUGAAUGUGAUGUUAUGAAAAAUUUUGGCUUUGUUCAUAUGGAUGAUGAUAAUAAUGGCCGUGCAGCUAUUAAAGCUUUGAAUGGUUCAAUGGUUAAUGACUUAGCUAUGAAAGUUGAAGCUGCUACUAGUCGUCGAGGUCCAAAUACUCCAACUACUAAAAUUUUUGUAGGUAAUCUUUCUGAAACAACCAAAGCCAAUGAAGUACGUGAAUUAUUUGCAAGAUAUGGAACUGUUGUUGAGUGUGACAUUGUUAGAACCUAUGGGUUUGUGCAUAUUGAUUCAACUGAUGUUAGUCGACUUAUUAAAGAUUUAAAUGGACAUAUGUUAGAUGGUCAACCAAUUAAGGUGCAAAUUUCAAAUAGCCGAGUUCGUCAGAGACCUGGAAUGGGCAUGCCAGAACAGUGUUAUAGGUGCGGCAAGGGUGGCCAUUGGUCUCGGGAGUGCAGUCGUGAAGGAUAUGGAUAUGGAAGAGAUGCUCUCCCACCCCUUCCACCUCCACGUGCACUACUUUAUCCACCACCACCUCCGCCUUCAUUUGUUCGUGAUCGAAUUCUCGGUUCUUAUGGUACUGGGCUAAAAACUGAUUUAACUAGAAUGGACGAUUAUUCAAUGUUGUCUCACUCUGAACUUGGUGGUCAUAUGUAUGAGACUGAUGGAUUGUAUGAUCGUUACUAUGAUCGAAGUCUUAUGAGAACAGCUGCUGAUGGUUAUGGUAUGGACAGAAGAAUGCCAAGGAUGCCAUCAAGUCGCGAUUAUUUAUCAUCAUCUACACGUAUUGGAACAACAAUGCGUGAUCCUGACUAUGUAUUCACUCGCCGCUCCCCAUUAUCAAGCACCCGUACAUCUGGUUCAACUCAUGCAUAUGAUGAUUUUUCUAGAGAUUCUUAUGAUGAUCGUCGAGUUUCGGGAUCUCGCGGUUCGUCGCGUUACACGCCGUAUUAAAAAAAACCGUGUAUAUAUUAUCGUGCCGCCGCCGUAUACUCGCGUCGCCGGAUCGGAUAAACGUACACUCACACAUCGCCGACCGUCAACAAUUUUUUUUUUUAAACCGGCCCGAGUUUUUAAGGAGCCAAAAUUACAUUUACGAAGUCUUUAAUAAGAUUAUUUGUCUACAUUGGAUUUAUUUAGGUUUAAUAAUAAAAAAUAUAAUUUCUUAGUGUCACAAAUUACCAAUCUAUUUUUUUUUUUUUAUUUUUUUUUUUGUAAAGGCAUUAGACCACAGGUUGAAUUUACUUGGGCUCUUAGAUUAUUUAUAUUAAUUCAUUUUUUUUCAACUUUAGUAUUAAACAAAAAAAUUUUUCUAGAACUAUAAGAUUCAUUGACUAAGUUUAUUUCUAUAUCAUAAUUAUUAUCAUUACAGUGGUUUAAUAUUAACAAUAUUUUCUGAAAUUUCUGUUUGUCGAGUUAUUAAACAAUUUUUUCAUUAGAAAAUUAGAAUGUAAGCCUUUAUAGUCAAAGGUUUUUACAGUUAGGUUAUUGUAAUAAAUUACUCAAAAUAUGAAUAUUGUAAGCCCAAAUAAUCUUAUGACAACAAUAAUUUGUAAUUCUCAUUGUAAUAAAUUAUAAGAAAAUAAAAAAAUAAGUAAAAAAAAAAAAACAUACUAUUUAAUUUUGUAGUCCCUACAUACUCUUAUAUAUUAGUUAAGUGUUUUUUAGUUUGACCAUUACAGCCGACCGAUCUCGUAGUUCGCCGAAACCGUGAUAUUUUUGUACACUGUUCGAUGCGUGCGACAUUCCGAGGACUAUUUGAACGAAGCCAAUGCGUUUACGAUUUGUAUAAAAUACUCAUUCUUAGAAUGCUCUUAACAUGUGGCUGAAUUGAUAACAUUGACCAGUGGCAAAAAAACAAAAAAUAAUUUAUUAAACAUUGAGAAUGUAAUCUACUGAAUAUUUGAUACCCAAUUCUCAUUAUAGUAGCUAUGUACUGGUCUUUGUGAUAUUAUGUAUGCAAACCUGUUAUAGUUGAUAAUAUUUUUAAACGUAAAAAAAAUUUACGUAAAAAUACUGAUGCUGAUGUUAAAGAAUAAAGAACUUCAAUUUCAUCUCAAAUAACCAACAAUAUUAAUUGUCAAUUAUUUGUAAUUAUAUUCAUUGUUAUGAUGUUUGAACAUAAAGUAACUUGUUGUGUUAUUGGAAUAAUAUGUUGUUCUAUUAUUUA